AUAACAAAUUAGGCAACACAGAAACUUUAUCUAGAUCUAGUCUUCCAUAAUUUCCUGGCAUGGAAACAAAUAUGGCCUCUACACGUGUAUUAUAGCUAAAUAAGUAAAUUGUAUCAAGUUGAUGUUUAUAUUAUUUUAAAAUGAGUAAACACCUUUUUAUACUUUUUGAACAUGCAGCAGGAUAUGCAUUGUUUUCAGUUAAAGAAUUUGAUGAAGUUGCAGCUUUGUUACCUCAAGUAGAAAGUAGUGUUACUGAUAUUAGUAAAUUUCAGUCUGUUGUUAAACUUGUGGCAUUUCAAGCUUUUAGAAAUGGACCAAACUCGUUGGAUAACAUCAAUGCCAUUGCUGCAGGUGAACUGCAUCCAGAUUUACAGACAUUUUUGGAAAAAGAGGUUCCAGCAUCUAAAAAGAAAGUGCAGGUUAUCCUUGGUGUUGGGGAUUCCAAAAUUGGGCAAGUCAUAUCUGACACUCUGGGCAUAUCUUGUCAGCAUGCUGGAAUUGUAACAGAGAUUAUGAGAGGUAUUCGCACCCACUUUCCACAUUUCAUUAAUGCACUUACGGAAGCUACAGCUGGUAAAGCUCAACUUGGACUAGGACACAGUUAUUCCAGAGACAAGGUUAAGUUCAAUGUCAACAGAGUAGACAACAUGAUUAUACAGAGUAUCAGUUUAUUGGACCAGUUGGAUAAAGAUAUCAAUACAUUCUCUAUGAGAAUAAGGGAGUGGUAUUCAUACCAUUUUCCAGAAUUGGUAAAAAUUGUCAAUGACAAUUACAUGUUUGCCCGUCUCACAAAUUUAAUUGGUGAUCGUACGAAGUUGCAACCAGAGAUGGCAGAUUCUCUCGAAGAAGUUGUUAUGGACAGUGCCAAAGUGAAAGCUAUUUUUGAGGCAGCAAAAUCAUCCAUGGGAAUUGAUAUUGGAACAAUCGACUUGAUAAAUAUUCAGAUGUUUGCUAAACGAGUGAUAAGUCUCACAGAGUACAGAAAGUCUUUGUCAGAAUAUCUACACAGCAAGAUGCAAAGUGUUGCCCCAAAUCUGGCAGCUUUGAUUGGUGAACAGGUGGGUGCUCGUUUGAUUUCUCAUGCUGGAAGUCUGACCAAUUUAGCUAAAUAUCCAGCCUCAACAGUUCAGAUACUUGGUGCUGAAAAGGCUUUAUUCAGAGCCCUUAAGACUAGAGGCAACACACCCAAGUAUGGUCUUAUUUUUCACUCUACUUUUAUUGGACGAGCUGGUGCUAAAAAUAAAGGACGCAUCUCACGUUAUCUUGCAAACAAAUGCUCAAUAGCUUCUAGGGUUGAUAAUUUUUCAGAUGUGCCAACAGCAGUGAUAGGAGAGCAUCUGAAACAGCAAGUUGAAGACAGACUCAAAUUUUAUGAGACUGGUGAGAAUCCAGCAAAGAAUAUUGAUGUUAUGAAGCAGGCUGUUGUUGAGGCUCAGGAAGCUAGAGAGAAAGUCUUAAAGCAACAAAAGAAGCUUGCAAGAAGAGAAAAGAAGCGCAAGUUAAAGGAGGCUGAAUCAAAUCAUUUAGAUGAGUCUUCCAUUGUUGAGAAUACCACAGAGAAUGGUACUCCAGCUAAGAAGAAGAAGAAAAAGAAAACCCAAGACGAUGAUGAGGUAAUAACGAAUGAUGCAGACACCACUGUAGAGGAAGUAAAGAAAAAGAAAAAAAAGAAAACCCAGGAUGAAGAUGAGGCAAUAACAAAUGAUGCAGACACCACUGUCGAAGAAGUAAAGAAGAGCAAGAAAAAGAAGAAGAAGAAGUCUGAGGUAGAAGACUCAUCAAAUAUGGAGGUUGAUGAGACGGAGGCUGUUAUAACCAAGAAACAAAAAAAGAAGAAAUCUGCAGAAUAACUUUUGAAACUCAGUGUUCAAUAAGUCCAACUUUAUCAUAAAAUGUUGGCUAAUGUUAAGUUUAUAUUAGUAAGCUACUACAAUGACAUUUUUUUUUUGUCUUUAUUAAAAGUUAACUUUUA